AUGGCGGAGCCGGGGCUCGAGGGCAGCCAGCCGGUGGAUCUGUCCAAGCACCCCUCGGGCAUCGUCCCCACGCUCCACUUCCUGGUGCUGGGUACAUCAAAACGAGCUAAUAUUGUCUUAAAUUGUUGGGGCUUUGGUGGGAAUGAUUUAGUUGUCAUCCUCUCUCGGAGGGUUGAUUUCAGGUGCGAGCAUGGUCAAACGGAGGGGGCGCGGGCAUGGGGAAGCUCUGAGCUCAAGGCAAGCAGAGGAGAGAUGGACGGAGAAUAUGCAGCGCACUGGGCUAGCACCGACGACAAGAGUGGCGUGAGCUCCAGCAUGGGAAGGGCGGGUCUGAUGACCUCCUCUGGCCACACGAGAUCUCUGGUAGGGCAGAUUGAGCACUCUGGUGGCGGCAAUGCCGAGAUCUCUACACCGAGAUCUUGGGCGAAUGGGUUGGGGCGGUGGUGGUGCCCAGCUCUUGGGCACGGAGCUGUGAGAUGUUGGGCGACCGUGGAGAUUUCAUUCUUCGUGUGGGAUUUAAAUGCUAUGGGCUUAUUAGUGCUAUAUCAAGUCCUGAAAUGA